GAAAAAUUAUAGCUUAAUAAUAGAUUAAGGCUGACCAGGCCAGCAGAUUCAUUUGAAAUUCUCCGCGCGCUUGAUGCCUGAAUCUACAAAAAAGCUGCCCACCUGUCUGAGAAGUUCACCGCGAAUUCUACAUGAUCUCAACUUCUAGAAAAAUGCAGUCGUCUUCUGAUGUGUUGACUUUUAUCCCUCUUGGUCGUCCUUCUUGUACAUCUACGACAGAUAUCCACUCUCGUGGUGAGAUUGAUUUAAUUGAAAAGGUUCACUCCAUGAAAAAUCUUUGAAAAAUCUUUCAUAGUUAGAUUGAAUGCGUCCUUUGCUAGUAGUUAACAAGGAGGCUGAUGAAGCACAUGACUCUAAACCUAAGCUUUGUUGAGCACUAGUCGGGUGUGUCGAAGCGGUCCGAGUGAUACUUUGGUGUAGGGUGCCGUUGGACCGAGGACGACACUCAUUGAGAUUCAGUUAGUUUUGCGAAUAGACUCCCUAUUUGAAGUUCGAUUCUGAUUGUGAAGAUUGAAGAAUUAGAAGGAACACUUGAAACAAGAAUAAGUUGUUGCAUUUUCCUAGUUCGUGAGUGCGCUCGAUUUAGGAUGAAUUAAUAUGUAACCCCAUUGAUUAUAGUUUUGACACGUAUUUAUGAUGCGCAGAGUUUUUGAUCUGCAUCAGUGAGGAAAAUUUUGGCGCUUUCUUUUGGCAAUCUAUCGUUUAUCUAAAAAAUUCCCCUAGUCGUCAGUAGUUCUGCCUUAGUCAUAACAUAUCUACGCUCCGCCCCUGGUGGGAAGGGAGAGCUAUGAGCCCCAGGCGGGACGCCUCUGUGAGGAAAGUGUCUGGUUGUGGCUAUUUGUCCUUCAGUGACGCACCCAGGCACCUAUGAGAAGGUGCGAGGAAAGAGGCAGAGAACCGUGAGCCCCAGGCGGGGCACCUCUGUGAGAAGAACCAAGCUGCUGCUUGUGAGCGUUCUUUUUUUGAUGUUCGCAAGCACCUCAUACGAGAAGGCGCGAGAGACGAACCAGAGACAUCUGAGUCCCCGCGGGGCGCUGUCUGUCUGUGCCUCCUUGUACUUCUGUGUUGCUCGAUUCUAUGAAGAGGGCGCGAGAUCCUAGCAGCCGAGACCCUGUGCCGGUGCAGUGUCGUCUGUUGCCCCAGCGCGCUGUCGCUCUCCCUCUGUUUGAUCCCCUCUGUCUGAGGAGCGAGCUGUCCUUCUUCCUGAGUUACACCACCGCCGGGCGCGGCAUCUUGGUUGAGUCGUGGCAUGCGCCUUCGCACAGCCUCGGGUGCUCUAGUUGACGCGGAAACUUACCAACGCGUCUCCCAGUAGAAUUCGUGCGCGCUUGCUUGCUUCUCGUUCUCGCACCAUUCCUGUUUGUUUUUUGUUCCGUAGGAUUUCUCCGUCAUCUGAUAGCUGUAGGCCCUCCUGUUUUCUACGUAUCUCUCCAUUUCAGUUUCGCACUCCUUGCUUAUAGAGUAUACUGCUUUUUUCCCGUUGCUGCUUCUUGUAGUUGCACCAUCUACCUUGUCGCACUUUUUCACUUAACGUGGAAACUGCCCCGCGGGCAUGUUUCCCCCUCUUCGCCUCCGUCGAAGGCGUUGCCACCCAGCGAACGCCACUCGCUGCAAUUCCUGGGCCCUUGGCUGUACUGACUGGCCUUCGCGAAACUUGCUUCGUUAUCGCGCCUCCGAUGCCAUUGCCGUGGGUGCGUGAGAAGCUCACGCCUCGCCCUAGCCGAAAUGCGCCGUGGCCAUGGCCGCACGUGUACCGGCUGCCUCGGAGGUCGUUCGCACGUCGAUGAGGUUAAACAGUAACGCCUGAGGGACCGGCUCGACGCCGAGGGUGACAGACGCGCUCCGUCUGAAUGUCCUGAGGAACCCCAGGAAGGUCAUAGAAGGCGCCGGUCGCCUGACUGUCUGGCGAACCCCUCCAAUGAUAAUAACAUAUCUACGGUAGUUAGCGCUAGCGGCCCACUCACGUUUUCUUGCAUAGCGCGGCAAUCACCAAGCGGUCUCGUGGCGUGUGGUCAUGUUCAUGCAUGAUUCUCAGUUGUCCGGCUUUGUUCGUGUUUCCUUUAGAUGGUCUGAUGAGGCGUUCUAACCGCAUGUGAGAUCUUGGAAUCUUGCGGGUGAUCUAUUUGUCUGCGUGUGCUGAUGCACUCUUCCACUCUGAACAACAGAAGUGGGAUCCCUUUCAUUUCAGCGAUCUUGGCCGUGUUUAGUUCGUUGUCAAUAGAGGACUUUCUACAACUAGAUAUGAUUUGCAAGUGCGGUCAUGUCACGUUUUAUUAGACCUGUGGCAAGGAAUUUGUUCCGUCUGCAUAAGUGAGUAUCCAGCUUGAUCGCAAUAGACGGGUUCAUUGUUUUUUCUACUUAUAUAUAUAAUUUAUUAGCAAAGAAGGACUUCAACGACAUCGACUCGAACGAAAGUGUGUCUUUGUCAGCUUUUUAUAACACCGCUAUAGAUGACCAUUGUUCUGCAUGGUUGAACGUUUUUAUCAGAUGUCUUCAUGAUUUCCCUUUCUGCUUGCAUCCCGUUGCCCGUUUUUUGCUUGUGACUGUUUCAGCGGCUUUCGGCACGUGAGAUAAAACACGGUGUGAGCCUCUGGUGCUGCUUCUAUACACGUGGGGCUUGGCUAGGAAACAAUCUGACUUGCGCGUCAUCAAGUGGCUACGUGGCAAGCACACUUUACUAGUGCGUGGUGGUGCUUUUGGGCAUCUUUGGUUUGUCGCAGUCUACAGGAGAUGUCGGCGAUGGCUUCUUGAUCGCACCACCAGCUUUUUCCCGUCACUGUAAAUCUUUUGAUGAACAACUUCAACAAGACAAGGAAGAUGAGCUUGUACGACUCGUAGGGCUGGUGCGACGGAGGUGAUUCUGUUGAUCUUUACAGAUUCCGAAUAUGACAAAGGUUAUCCAAUCGCGAAAUAAUGAGGCAGCAAAUAAGACCUUACAAGAAGUAACCGCUACCACCACAACGUCUUCAUCUGAUUCGUUUUUAGCGAAGAGCUCACAGCAUUUUGUUUCAGCCGCCUCACAGGACAACGGCAAACACAGAUACGACUCAAGGGUAGCUGCAAGUCGAGGCGAGGCCACUGGACUGGACCAAUUGUCUGUGGUUCACAGUGCCAGCGAACUAGAGCGAUAGGAAGACCGCGUCAACAGAUGAAAUCCAGCCCAACAGAGCAGUGUCAGUCGUCUAGUAUCUUCCGAGGAAUUGGCGGCAGGGAGACGUCGAAGUGGCUAAAGUAAUCUCAUUACUGAACAUCUUGCGACAUUGAUAUCGAGAAGGAAUAGCAACAAUACCAGUGAUCAGGCAUUGGCGCGACUGCGGGCACGACAAGAACUUUUCGCGAUGAACACCGCCUCCGCCCCAACCAUGCUGCAGGAGCAGCUCCUCUUGCAAUUAAGGCUGUAGCUAAUCCAUCUUUGGAAGCAUCCUUGAAACGUAUGGGGGAGUAUUACAGGGGAAUGCUUCCCCAUACUUUUCAAGGAUGCAAUUUGAAAGGUGAACUCCUGACAGUUCUAAUGUAAGACGACAGCACAGGGUCACUAGAUAUCGGGAAGGGGGGCGAGCCUUUCUUUCCGAGUAGGGCCGGCGCUUUUAGCUUUGAGGCCGCAGGGUCAUGUCCCUCGCAGAUGAACUUCCGCGGGGGCGACGGACGGAUCAAAAGUGCGAGUGGAAAAGCGAUCAAGUCCGCGUCCUUUGACCGCGCACCGAGUAGCUACCCAGCAGCACAGCAGCGGCUUAUCUCGUCACGGCCGCGCGGCGGAUCGGGCGACGCAGAUGUUGUCGCGGUUGUGCAACGGGUUGUGAGUCCGGGACCCGACGGCAAUCAGACAGGGAGCGAGGACGACGAGGUCGACGGACCACCAUCGCGCGGAGGGGGCGUGAGGUGCACGACCCGACGAGUAAUACAGUCGUCUUCGCUGCGGUCUGGGACGCAGCGACCGUCGGUGCCGCUGCCAGAAUUCAGCAAGCUAGACAAGCUUGAUUUCCAGAAGUCGCGUAGCGGAGAAGUGCCGGGGCACAAGAGCUUCCCGGAGGCCCAGGAGGAGACUCGAACAACGCUGGACCGUUUUUACCAGGAACAGAGGUGGAUGGGCCGGGAGCUGGAAAUAAAACAAGACGUUUCCAUCGCCCGUGAUUCGCAUCGCUCCACUCCCUCGUCGCGGCGUAGUCCAGCCGGCCGUCCCCGAAAUCUUGACGGCGACUUGGGGAAGAACGCUAACAACAGCAGCGUUCUCUCUGACAGAGACGCUUUCUUAAGCACCACCGCGCCACUACAUUCAUCCACACGCGGGGAUGCAGGUGGCCAGUCCGACGACGAGACGCCAGGCGACGGGCGGGACUACUACGUGCACCAGGGCACCGAGUCCACCCGAAUAGAGGAAAUGUUGUGGGGCUCGCGGGGACCGUCGCGAGGGUUGGUGAAUGGCUACAGUGCACCAAAUAUGAUGCGGCUACUCCCCGAAUCUUGCGCUUCUAGUUACGAACACAUACUUCUCGCGCGUGGGGGGCGCCAGCACGGUGGAAGCAUGGUAGAUCUAGCCCAAGCAAGCUUUUAUGCGGACACAAAUCCUGCGGCAAGUUCUCGGGAAGACUUGCACAAGGGUCUACCGCGUACCGGGAGCUCACGUCCUGCGCUGCCUCAGCGCAGCCCCCCACCAAGCUCAGUCUCGGUUCCUCACUUGACUGUCACCGGCCUUGACGAAGAGAACUAUCUCAGUCCUGGUGCGCGUGGUCGAAACGCCUCGUUUUCCGGUGGAACUGGGCGACCUGUGAUGACGGUGGCAUCGGCACCGACGCUUGUGAAAAAGUCGGCGACAGCGAUGGAUUUGCAGCAGUACCGCCAGCGCGGCCUUAUGCACGCGCCGGCAGCGGAGCGUAGUCGAGACCCGACUCCCGCUAGCAAUCGGGCCGCUCGAGGUGGGAGCACGUCUCCGACCCUCGGAAAAACGAGGAUUGAUGGUAUAUCCGAUCAAUGACAAUUGGGAUUCUUGUCUUAAAAUGUGAAGUUUACGAGAAGGAGAUCUUCUGGCUCAGAUUGAAGUACUCUUCGGCCUUCCGUUUAAAAAUGAGAUCCAAAUUGUCUACGUCGAUUACUAAUGCACACCUCAAUUUACUCAGGAACAGGUGAUGUCAUCUCUUCAAUUCAUUCUGCAGGUCAAAACAGUUCACAGGCGAGUUUGAUUCACUACAUGCAACGCUUUGGGAGCAACAGCGCGGCAUCCAUCCGAACAUCGUCUCCGGCUUAUGACUGGGACGCAGGACAACAGAGUCAGCCAGAAAACGUGGAAGCCGGGUCCCCAGGGUUUUCGCUACAAAUAUCGAGAAUGCAGAGCGAAGAGGCCUCUCGAUGGCUCUCCGCAGGAGGGGAGGCUACUGUCGGGGGUGGCCUGUACUCACAGUCAAAUAAUGCCAUGUCUUCCAGAGUGGCGUCACAGCAAGCAGCACUCCUGCAACAAAACCACGGCUACAAUUUCGAGCCGGCAGACAGUGCCUUGGCGCAGCAGAUGCCACGUGCAGACGGCUACGCGUUUAGAGAUGCGAGCUCGCCAACGAGCCCUCCAAACAGCAGCACUGCAUUCCCCCAAUUUCAUAUGCGAUUUGCAGGCCAGGACGCGCAGGGCCAGGGUAGCGCCUUUGCCGGCACCACGGAUUUAGGUAUUUAUCUAGUCUUUACUUACCUAACUACUUCGCAUCAAAUUGUUCGAUACAACAUCGAUAAAAUUUGAACAUAGAACUUCGUACGACGAGCUCCUACUGGAGUUGCGACGCACGUUUUUCGAAGGUUCAUCGAUCAUGUAGGGUGGGCACAAAUAUCGUGGAAUCAUUAUGCAGUUUUGUCUACUUACAAUCCAGGUGCACAAUUGUCGGGCGCCGCGGGGAUGUAUGGUCUUAACGGAUAUGGACUUGACUUCGAGCCAUUUUACCACAUUCCGGUGUCACCUGGCGUUCAAAUGAGCAAAGAGACGACGUCAAACUACAGCAAUCUUAUGGGGCAAGUCGGGAUCGGCACUCGAUGGGAGCAGCCGGGUUCCAACGAGUCGCAUGAUCUGAGUCAGCUGUUGCAGAUGAACACAUCACCAGGCGUCGGUUCGAAUUUCGGCGGGGGUGCCGCGAUGGGUGAAGCACUACAAUAUGUAUUAGGAGUAGGAGGUGGAGGAGAUCCAGGUGCCGCGACGACAUUUAGACCUGCUCCUGCGAGCAGUUCACAGCAGUGGGGACAGUUCGGACAACCAGGAAUGCGUCAGUCCGGUUCCGGAGCACCCGUCGCGGGUGCCCGUCCAGGUGAUAAUGCGAGCAUACAACAACUAUCACCCUCUUCUGCUGCAAGGCCAUCGCCUGGGGGUGCGGCGGGUUUCGCCCCUCCAGGUCGUCCCCGCGGUGCUAGUGGAGUCAAUUAUACGUUGCUGUCGGGACCGGGGCUCGGAUCGCCAUCCGCAAGAAAUGUGGUAGGCGGCAGGGCAAGACCAGAAGGCGGCAACACCGCGUCAAACCUUCCGCAACCACUGCAGUUAUUGGUGGAAUCGGCGAGCAGCGUGCGGCCAGGUGGGCAGGGCAGCGCAAAGCCUCCAGAGACGCAAGGAAGUGGGCCUUCCUCGAGUGGAGCCCAUACUCGGGGACCAGUUCGAGCAGGCACAGUUCCUGGCUCGUCUCCGUAUCAGGGAGCUGCUGGACCCAAGCAAGGAUCUUACGGAUACGGCGCCGGCGCGCCCGGUGGGGGUGUUCACGGCAGUAUUUCUAAGGGAUCGUCGACGCGGGGUCCCGGAGGCCUCGUGCUGCAUGUUCCCGCGGAUGCGCAGGAUGAUGGCCCCUUUCGACGGCCGCCAAUGCCAAAAGGGUACAACGACCACAACAAGGGAGGUGCGCCGGAUGGCUUUGCAGGCGGAAAAGGAGGAAAACAAGGGUCACUAGGUGGAACAAAGGGUGGACUAGCCGGACCAUCUCCAGGAUUACCCCAAGGACCUGGACGAAGGUCGCAGGACCUUCCACCUGCUCGCGCACCGGACCAGCAGGGCGGACCGAACGGUGUCGGUAAAGGCGGUAAAUACGGAAACCCGCCUCCAGGCUCACAACAUGGUGCUCCUCCAGCAGCGCAAGGAGGACCCAAUGCGAGGCCGCCUCCGCCAGUGAAUCUGAUGCGGGAGUUCAAACAAGGAAAGCGAAAAAGCGUGAAGCUGACGGAGAUUUGUGCAAAUCGACAGACACUUUCGGACUUCGUGUACGAUCAGUUUGGUAGCCGCUACGUCCAAGAAAGUCUCACCAACGUAGACGAGGCGACGAAAGAAACCUUCUUCAGGCAGGUGUUGCCCAUAGCCCAUGAACUUGUGUACGACGUAUUCGGAAACUAUGUGGUCCAGAAAUACUUCGAGCACGGCACAGAGAAUCAGAGAAAAGCACUCGUGGAUGCACUGCGGCCAGAAAUUUUGCGACUCUGCUAUCAAUUGUACCUAUGCUUGCAUAUUGCACGGAUGAUGAUUAAUUCUGACGCACCGCUGCGACUGUUCUUUUAUGGAUAUGCACCAUUAGUAGGACUGUUCUGGGAUUAUCCAGUACGGAGUUAGUUGACUUAAUUUUUGAUAUAUCUCCCUAUCCAGGUAUGGUUGCCGCGUCAUUCAGACCGCUUUAGACUGUGUGUCGGCGCCCUUGAAAAUUGCCAUAACAGAGGAGCUUCGCGGCCAAAUCGUCAGCCUUGUCGAAGAUCAGAAUGGCAAUCACGUUGUUCAAAAAUGUGUAGAAGUGCUGCCGCCAGAGAAGGUACUUUUCAAUUUGUGCUGCUGAAAAAACUCAUUAGACCGUCACUUGCAAAGCUCAGUUUAUACAACAUCGUAGGCAUAAUCACUUGUAUUUUGUCGCACGAAUUCGGUGUCGUGACGCUCAUCCUUGACUUGAUGGUUAGUAGCGGCUGCGUCUGCAGCAAUUGCAUCUUUAUUUUACUAUUUUAGGCUGCGUGGAUUGUGGCGGGAUUUGCUGGGCAUGUGCGGAAUUUGGCUGCUCAUCGUUACGGAUGCAGAGUUAUCCAGCGCGUAAUCGAGUUUUUGCCUGUUGAGAUCUGUGCUCCGCUGUUCGAGGAGAUGCUGCAAGGAAAGAACUGCCGUGCACUUGCCCACCACCGCUACGGGAACUACGUUGUUCAGUACAUGCUGGAACGCGGGAGAGAUCGUGAUGUACAGGGCGUUUUCGACCUCUGUGUCGCGGAAGUGCGCGAGUGGUCGUGCCACAAGUUUGCGUCGAACAUCGUGGAGAAAAUAAUUAGCCUUAGCAGUGAUCACGCGGAGCGGCGAGCCAACCUUCUGAGAGCAGUAGUGGCGUGUCCCGCUGAAAGCAAGCGAACCGAGCAGGACCCGUUGUCGGACGACGAACGGGGACGCUCAGGCAGCUCGCAGAGCCCACUCAUGCUCAUCAUGAAAGACAAAUUCGGAAACUACAUCUGCCAACGGUAUAUGUUUAUUUAAGGCAUAUUUUUACAACGUGCAUUGAUUAUUCAAGUUCCUCGAUGCUAAGCCUGAGAUACUUCAAUGAAUUCAAUAAUUCGCUUCUUUAAAAAUGAAUUUGCGCGAUCUUUUUCGAAAACAACGAUUACAACAGGUUGAUGAAACUUGCUUCGAGUCUCUCCGAUGGCGAUGCGUUGCGAGAUCAGUUUUUUCAGAUUCUGAUCGACAAUCUGCCGGAGUUGUCGAAGUUGUCGUACGGAAAGCACAUUAUGUUUGCGUUGCGAGAAAAAUGCUACAUGACCGAGGAAGAGGUGAGCCGUGCGAUCGGAGCGCGUGGCUCUCGCGCACUUGCAGAAGCUGACCGAGGAUCAGGUGACCGACGUGGAUCGGGUAACGGAGCUGACACUGACGAGAGAGGUAAGUCAGCGCCAUCGGGUUCUGAAACCGAAAAACAAGAUGGGCCUUCUGAGAGUUGA